UUACAGACGAGGACCCUGGAUAAAAUGUUUUACCAAGAAUCACACAAAUUGUAAGUGGUAGGGCCAGGACACAGACAGGGAGUGUGGUUCCAAAGGCCUAUGCUUUCCAGUCAACUAUGCCGCGUGCACAGCCUCCCACCCACCGCCAACCCAGCUGCCCUCUGCUCACUCGCUCAACAGAUGUUUACUAACAUCAGGUCCCCCUGCUCUGGCCCCCAGGGCAGCCCCGGGCUUCCGAGAAGGACCCAUAUCCACCUCUGGCCUCACUCUGCCCAUAUGUACUUUCUGGUGACUUCUUCCUUGCUCCCUUUCCCACUAAUCCAACCAGGAUGUUCCAGAACCAGAUUUAAGACGCUUUGCUCUCUGAGACACACAAGUGCACCCACAGAGGAGGGACAUGGUCCUGUGCGGAGACCCUGUGGCAUACACUGUCUGAGCCAUCUGUCCCAUCCCAGAGGAAGACCUCAGGGUCACCCCACCCACAUGAGACCAGCCCUGCAGCAAGCUCUCCUGUCCCACCCAUCUCUCCUCCUCCCUUGGAGAAGCUCUCCUGACUCUGCUGUCCAGGUAGGCCCCUCUAUGAUUCUCAGGAGGAUCCCAAUGGCUGGGCACCUCUGCUUCCCACACCGGCCACAGCUGCUGGACAGCAGGGACUGUUGCACUUACACCUGUAUCAAUACACCUGUGCUCAACAGUCACAUGGUACAGGAAGGAGUGUGUGGCCAGUAAGUGGAGCUAAGUCUAGACGCCACCAGAAGCUGGGCAUGGUGGUGCACGCCUGUGGUCCCAGCUACUCAGGAGGCUGAUGUGGAAGGAUUACCUGAGCUCAGGAGUUCCAGGCUGCAGUGAGCUA